AUGGGUCUAAGUCUGCCGACGGUGAUAGCAGACUCUGGCGCAUCUCUCGAUCAACCGUACAUAGCCGCCGCCGCCGCCGCCGCCUGCCCCCAGCGACCAGCAGCACCCUCACGGCAGAACAUAGCCGCCGCCGCCGCCUGCCCCCAGCGACCAGCAGCACCCUCACGCGACCAGCAGCACCCCUCACGGCAGAACAUAGCCGCCGCCGCCUGCCCCCAGCGACCAGCAGCGCCCUCACGGGAGAACAUAGCCGCUGCCGCCUGCCCCCAGCGACCAGCAGCACCCUCACGGCAGGACAUAGCCGCCGCCGCCUGCCCCCAGCGACCAGCAGCACCCUCACGGCAGAACAUAGCCGCCGCCGCCUGCCCCCAGCGACCAACAGCGCCCUCACGGCAGAACAUAACCGCCGCCGCCUGCCCCCAGCGACCAGCAGCGCCCUCACGGCAGAACAUAACCGCCGCCGCCUGCCCCCAGCGACCAGCAGCGCCCUCACGGCAGAACAUAGCCGCCGCCGCCGCCUGCCCCCAUCGACCAGCAGCGCCCUCACGGCAGAACAUAGCCGCCGCCGCCGCCGCCUGCCCCCAUCGACCAGCAGCGCCCUCACGGCAGAACAUAGCCGCCGCCGCCGCCUGCCCCCAUCGACCAGCAGCGCCCUCACGGCAGAACAUAGCCGCCGCCGCCGCCUGCCCCCAGCGACCAGCAGCGCCCUCACGGCAGAACAUAGCCGCCGCCGCCUGCCCCCAGCGACCAGCAGCACCCUCACGGCAGAACAUAGCCGCCGCCGCCUGCCCCCAGCGAUCAGCAGCACCCUCACGGCAGAACAUAGCCGCCGCCGCCUGCCCCCAGCGACCAGCAGCACCCCUCACGGCAGAACAUAGCUGCCGCCGCCUGCCCCCAGCGACCAGCAGCGCCCUCACGGCAGAACAUAGCCGCCGCCGCCGCCGCCGCCUGCCCCCAGCGACCAGCAGCGCCCUCACGGCAGAACAUAGCCGCCGCCGCCGCCUGCCCCCAGCGACCAGCAGCGCCCUCACGGCAGAACAUAGCCGCCGCCGCCUGCCCCCAGCGACCAGCAGCGCCCUCACGAACAUAGCCGCCGCCGCCUGCCCCCAGCGACCAGCAGCACCCUCACGGCAGAACAUAACCGCCGCCGCCUGCCCCCAGCGACCAGCAGCGCCCUCACGGCAGAACAUAGCCGCCGCCGCCGCCGCCGCCUGCCCCCAUCGACCAGCAGCGCCCUCACGGCAGAACAUAGCCGCCGCCGCCGCCGCCUGCCCCCAUCGACCAGCAGCGCCCUCACGGCAGAACAUAGCCGCCGCCGCCGCCUGCCCCCAUCGACCAGCAGCGCCCUCACGGCAGAACAUAGCCGCCGCCGCCGCCGCCGCCUGCCCCCAGCGACCAGCAGCGCCCUCACGGCAGAACAUAGCCGCCGCCGCCUGCCCCCAGCGACCAGCAGCACCCUCACUGCAGAACAUAGCCGCCGCCGCCUGCCCCCAGCGAUCAGCAGCACCCUCACGGCAGAACAUAGCCACCGCCGCCUGCCCCCAGCGACCAGCAGCACCCCUCACGGCAGAACAUAGUUGCCGCCGCCUGCCCCCAGCGACCAGCAGCGCCCUCACGGCAGAACAUAGCCGCCGCCGCCGCCGCCGCCUGCCCCCAGCGACCAGCAGCGCCCUCACGGCAGAACAUAGCCGCCGCCGCCGCCGCCGCCUGCCCCCAGCGACCAGCAGCGCCCUCACGGCAGAACAUAGCCGCCGCCGCCGCCGCCGCCUGCCCCCAGCGACCAGCAGCGCCCUCACGGCAGAACAUAGCCGCCGCCGCCGCCGCCGCCUGCCCCCAGCGACCAGCAGCGCCCUCACGCGACCAGCAGCACCCUCACGGCAGAACAUAGCCACCACCGCCUACCCCCAGCGACCAGCAGCACCCUCACGGCAGAACAUAGCCGCCGCCGCCUGCCCCCAGCGACCAGCAGCACCCUCACGGCAGAACAUAGCCGCCGCCGCCUGCCCCCAGCGACCAGCAGCGCCCUCACGGCAGAACAUAGCCGCCGCCGCCUGCCCCCAGCGACCAGCAGCGCCCUCACGGCAGAACAUAGCCGCCGCCGCCUGCCCCCAGCGACCAGCAGCGCCCUCACGGCAGAACAUAGCCGCCGCCGCCUGCCCCCAGCGACCAGCAGCGCCCUCACGGCAGAACAUAGCCGCCGCCGCCGCCUGCCCCCAGCGACCAGCAGCGCCCUCACGGCAGAACAUAGCCGCCGCCGCCUGCCCCCAGCGACCAGCAGCGCCCUCACGGCAGAACAUAGCCGCCGCCGCCUGCCCCCAGCGACCAGCAGCACCGUCACGGCAGAACAUAGCCGCCGCCGCCUGCCCCCAGCGACCAGCAGCACCCUCACGGCAGAACAUAACCCGCUUGUGUAUCCUCUUCGUCAGUGGUUCUCCCCAGAGACUUGUAACUCUUCAUAUCCCGUAG